AUGAAAUUAUUAUUAUUAAAUAUCUUAUUAUUAUGUUGUCUUGCAGAUAAACUUAAUGAAUUUUCAGCAGAUAUUGAUUAUUAUGACCUUGGUAUUAUGUCUCGUGGAAAGAAUGCAGGUUCAUGGUAUCAUUCUUAUGAACAUCAAUAUGAUGUUUUCUAUUAUUUAGCUAUGCAACCAUGGAGACAUUUUGUAUGGACUACUUGUACAACAACUGAUGGCAAUAAAGAAUGUUAUAAAUAUACUAUCAAUGAAGAUCAUAAUGUAAAGGUUGAAGAUAUUAAUAAAACAGAUAUUAAACAAGAUUUUUGUCAAAAAGAAUAUGCAUAUCCAAUUGAAAAAUAUGAAGUUGAUUGGGACAAUGUUCCAGUUGAUGAACAACGAAUUGAAAGUGUAGAUAUUAAUGGAAAAACUUGUUUUAAAUAUGCAGCUAAAAGACCAUUGGCUUAUGUUUAUUUAAAUACAAAAAUGACAUAUGCAACAAAAACUGAAGCAUAUGAUGUUUGUAGAAUGGAUUUCAUUGGAGGAAGAUCAAUUACAUUCAGAUCAUUUAACACAGAGAAUAAAGCAUUUAUUGAUCAAUAUAAUACAAACACUACAUCAAAAUGUCUUCUUAAAGUAUAUGAUAAUAAUGUUAAUACACAUCUUGCAAUUAUCUUUGGUAUUACUGAUUCUACAGUCAUUAAAUCACUUCAAGAGAAUUUAUCUCUUUUAAGUCAACUAAAAACAGUCAAAGGAGUAACACUCUACUAUCUUAAAGAUGAUACUUAUUUUACAGUUAAUAUUACUUUAGAUCAAUUAAAAUAUGAUACACUUGUCAAAUACACAGCAGGAACAGGACAAGUUGAUCCACUUAUUAAUAUUGCUAAGAAUGAUUUAGCUACUAAAGUUGCAGAUAAAAGUAAAGAUAAAAAUGCAAAUGAUAAAAUCAAAAGAGGAACUAUGAUUGUGUUAAUGGAUACUGCACUUGGAUCAGAAUUUAAUGCAGAAACAGAAUUUGAUAGAAAGAAUAUUUCAGUUCAUACUGUUGUUCUUAAUAGAAAUAAAGACCCAAAGAUUACACGUAGUGCAUUGAGACUUGUUUCACUUGGACCACAUUAUCAUGAAUUUACAGGUAAUGAUGAAGUUAAUGCAACAAUCACUGCACUUUUCAAAGGAAUUAGAGCUAAUUUAACAGAAAGAUGUGAUAGAGAUAAAUGUUCAGGAUUUUGUGAUGCAAUGAAUAGAUGCACAUGUCCAAUGUGUUGUGAGAAUGAUUGUUUCUAUACAUCCUGUGAUGUAGAAACAGGAUCAUGUAUUCCAUGGCCUAAAGCUAAACCAAAAGCAAAGAAAGAAUGUCCAGCAACAUGUGUAGGCUCAUAUGAAUGUAAAGAUCUUGAAGGAUGUGUUGUUACAAAAUAUAAUGACACAUGCCAACCAAAAGUGAAAUGCAUGGUACCAUAUUGUGAUAAUGAUAAGAAUCUAACUGAAGUAUGUAAACAAAAAGCUAAUUGUGAAGCAGAUCAAAAACCAAGUUCUGAUGGAUAUUGUUGGAGUUAUACAUGUGACCAAACUACUGGUUUUUGUAAGAAAGAUAAACGAGGUAAAGAAAUGUGUACAGGAAAGACAAAUAAUUGUCAAGAAUAUGUUUGUGAUUCAGAACAAAGAUGUAGUGUUAGAGAUAAAGUAUGUGUAAAAACAUCACCAUAUAUUGAAAUGUCAUGUUAUGUAGCUAAGUGUAAUCUCAAUACAGGUAUGUGUGAGAACAGAUUAUCAUGUGAUACAUACUCAUCAUGUGGUGGAGAUUCUACAGGAUCAGUAUGUAAAUGUGAUUCUACAACUGGUAAUAAAUGUCAAUGUAAUAAAGUAAAAAAUGGUAAUUAUUGUAAUUCUAAAAACCAUGAAAUUUGUGAUUAUACAGGAACAACACCACAAUGUAAAGUGUCUAAUUGUACAGAAGAUCUUGUUAGAGAUGGAUGUCUUAUUAAGAGAUGCAAUGAAACAAGUAAAACAACAUAUUGGGAGAAUGUUGAUUGUUCAAACACUAAGAUUGAAUUUGCUAAAGAUGAUAAAUCUGAAACUAUGUGUAAACAAUAUUAUUCAACUACAUGUUUGAAUGGAAAAUGUGUUGUUCAAGCAGUUGGUGAUGUUUCUAAUGUAGGAUGUGGAUAUUGUUCAAUGGGAACAGAUAAUAUUAUUACAUAUCAUGAUGAUUGUAAUUCACGUAAAUCACAAUGUGGAAACUUUAAUGGUAAAUGUAUUAAAGGCAAUGACAAUUCUUAUUCUUGUGUAUUUGAAAAAGAUAAAACUUCUUCUAAAUCAGAUAAUGAUAUUUGUGCUGAAUGUUCUAGUUUAACAUGUCCAGCUGAUACUACAUACAGAACAUAUACAUAUGACUCAAAAACAGGAACAUGUAAAGCAACUGUUCAACCAACACCAGCAUGUUCAGUAUGUGAAAGUGGUAAAUUUGUAGAGAAAUGCAAAGAUCAAAAAUUAGAACGUAAAGUCACUUUAGAAGAUGGAAAAGAAUAUAAAUACAAUAUUCCAAAAGAUUGUGUCAAUGAACAAUGCAUUCCAAGAACAUACAUAGAUUGUUUAGGUAAUGAUGAUAACUUUAAAUCUAUUUAUAACUUCUAUUUACCAUGUCAAGCAUAUGUUACAGCUACCUAUCAUUACAGUUCAUUAUUCAAUUUAACUAGUUAUAAACUUCACUUACCACAAAGUGAAGAAUUUAUGAAAGAGGCAGACAAAGAAGCAUAUUGUACAUACGAAAUAACAACAAGAGAAUGUAAAACAUGUUCAUUAAUUGAAACUAGAGAAAAAGUCCAAGAAGUUGAUUUGUGUGCAGAAGAGACUAAGAAUGGAGGAGUUCCAUUCAAAUGUAAGAAUAACAAUUGCAUUAUUGAUCCUAACUUUGAUUGUCAACCUAUUGAAUGUAAGAUUCAAGAGAUUGUUAUUACAGAAAAAGAUGGAAUAAAAACAACAACAUGUAAAAAUACCACAAAAACAACAUGUGACACUAACAAUAAGAGAAUAGAAGAUGCACGUAAAGCAUUCAUUGAAGGAAAAGAAGGAAUUGAGCAAGUAGAAUGUGCAAGUACUGUUUGUCAAAAUGAUAAUAGUUGUCCAAUUAUUACUGAUGUAGAAAAAUGUAAUCAAAACACAGAAGUAGAUUAUGGAUGUAAAGCAAUGACAGGAGAAUGUGAUGGUACUACAUAUCUUUGUAAAUUUGUACAACUUACUGAUGAUCCAUCAUUAGAUAGUGAACAUUUUAGAACUAAAUCAGGAGUUGAACUUAACAAUGCAUGUUUGAAAUAUAAAUGUGUUGAGAGUAAAGGAAGUGAUGGAAAAAUCACACAUAAAUGGGAAAUUGAUACAGAACGAUCAAAUGCUAAUCCAAAACCAAGAAAUCCAUGCGAAACCGCAACAUGUAAUCAAACAACUGGAGAAACUAUUUACACAAAGAAAACAUGUACUGUUUCAGAAGAAUUCCCAACAAUCACACCAAAUCAAGGAAGAUGUUUCUAUUGUCAAUGUUCAUAUCUUGACGGUUCAUCAGUUCUUACUAUGUAUGGAGAAACAGAUAAAGAAUAUUAUGAUCUUGAUGCAUGUGGUAAUUGUCGUGUUUGGAAUCAGACAGAUAGAACACAACAACUUAAUAAUCACACCGAGUGUAUUCUCGCAGGAGAAAUUAAUAAUGUUGGAGCUAUUGCAGCGGCAACUACUGUGGCUGUAGUUGUAGUUGCAGUCGUAGUUGCAUUAAUUGUUGUUUCUAUUGGAUUAUUUAAGACUUAUCAACUUGUUUCAUCAGCUAUGAAGAAUGCCAUUACAAUAACUAAUGAAAAUGCAGAAUAUGUUGGAGCAGAUAAUGAAGCAACUAAUGCAGCAACAUUCAAUGGAUAAGAACAAUAAUUAAGAGAAUUGAAUAACAUUUUAUGU